AUGGCGAAAGGGAUUAAGGUAUGCCUCGCACCUCCAGUCCUUGCCAGCAUCUACUACGGGUUAAACUCGAUUUCAGAGUCUUUCUCUCCUGGUCAAAUCGGCACCCCCUUCCCCAUCCAUUAUGUAUAUGGAUGGCUAGCAGCUUACUUCAAUACUCACUUCAAGACCCCUAGCCUCAUGUUGUUGUCUCCAAAGAUGGUCACUUCUUCCGGAGAAGGCGGUGCUAAGCAUUACGACAGAAUUGAUGCUCGUAAGAGGAUUUUUAAGGGCGAACACGCGUCUUGGCUUUGCAUGUCUCGUCAAAAUGGUAGAGACUUCUUUUUCUGUGAUGACAAGAGAGGGGGGAAAGAUAAUUUUGAAUAUUUCUUAUGUUUGCGCCCUGGUUUUCUUGUUUUACGCCAAGGACGCCAAUGUAAGGCUGAGCCUUAUGUACCCCAUCGCUUCAGUCGUCGGUUUGGAUUCUACCAAGCAUCUGCCCCCGGUUUGUUACUGACGGAUGACCGCGACGUCGCACUUGCUAAGGGAUUUCAACUACAUCGCCAGUAUGAGCACUUCCACUCUAUGUCUAAGGCCACAUUUCCCAUGAUCCCGACUUUUCCAAAGAAACAUGUGUUAGACACUUACAAAGCCUGGUUGGUUGAUGUGCAUGCAAAUCUCCUUGAGACUCGCGUCAAAGACAUAGUCGUUAAUGGUGACCCAAACGUAACCGUUAGAGAGGGAAUAACUCAAGAGCAGAGGGAUCAACUGGAUACUUUAAGAAAAGGCAAAGCACCAGUACAGGAUGCCCCCCAUAAUCAAGAACCAGAACAUGCAACCCAAAAGAGGAGGGAGGAGCAAGUGAGGCACCGAAGUUCGGACGAGGAUGUUGAUAGUGAUCGCAAUUUUAAACGAAACAGAAGACCGUCGAACGAGGGUUCUGCUGGGUUACAUGUGAGCAAUGACGCCCGGUCGUCGAACCAACAUUCUUCUAUAGGCGAGGUGGAACAUAGCGACAGUUCUGAAUCCCUUAAUCAAGUGGCAGCAUCUCAGCAAUCACCGUUGCCCUCAAACCCACCUCACAAAGGAGCACGACUGGAACCGUCUCAUGUCUCUAUUCUUCCUAGUGCAGAUUCCUUCAUGUCAAAGUAUAUGGCCAUGAUCGUAGGCGUUUGGAAUGAUAUCUGCAAGAACCUAAAGGAAACUCCAGCUGAAAGUGUUUCUUCUUUCAAAGGAAGUGUUGAGAGACAAAUCCAACUUUUGAAACAUAACGCGGUAGACCUGUCAUCAUUAGAGAACAGGGUGGAUGUUUUCUUUAAGAAGGCUGAGUAUUAUGAUAAGAUACGGUCCCAGCACUCAGAAGCGAUGCCAGUUGAAACUCAAGUUGCGGAGUUAUGUUCGGCGCAAAGUGCUCUUAAGGAUGCUCAACAAAAGCUCUCUAAAACUCAAAUCCUUCUAUCGGAGAAGCAAAAGAUCCUUGAGGAUUCUGACGGACGAGUGACCCUCCUAGAAGAAGCUAUAAAGGAAGCAGAGAAAACCAUAACGGAGGCUGAGAGAACCAUAAAGGAUUCAAGGGAGGAGUUGACCAGGAUCCAUGAUGAAAGGCCAAAGCUCCAAGAACUUGUGACUGAGGCUCAAGGACUGCGCGACACAUCACAAGAGGUUGUGACUUCUACCGAAGAAACAGUGAAACGCAUUCAGGAGACUCCCAUGUUGACAAGUGAAGAUGAAGAUAAGCUUUCCUUAGCGGAGAAAGAUCUAGAAGCAGACAAAGCAGAUUUGAUGAAUUUUUGAAUAGUGUAGAUCUUUGAUGUUUAGAUAUCGUACUCCUUUAGUUUAUGCUUUUUUUCAUUUCGACUUUGUAUGAGUUCUUUUCUUUUGAAACGAGACUUUGACGUGAGUUGAAUUCA